CCAUCUAUACCUCCUUCUCCACAUACCUCAUUCAUUCCAUGGCCUCUAGUUCCACGUUCAAGGCUCCAAACGGCAAUAAUCAGGCAUCUCAUGUGAUGAAUGGAGGGAUGAAUUCCGGUCUCACUGUCAAUCUCCAUCCCCUCCCCAUACUCAACAUCUCUGAGCACUGGAAUCGAGCACGAUCAAGUUCCGAUCCCAGGCCCAAAGUUCUCGGCGCUCUUCUAGGAACCCAGACCGGUCGAGAGGUGUCCGUUACCAACUCUUUCGAGCUCGUACAUCUCGCGUCACCCGUCUCAGCUGGUGGGCCUACCGAUCUGACUUUCCUUGAUCAAGAAUUCCUCAGUACCAGAAAGGAGCAGUUCAAGCAGGUAUUUCCGACAUUGGAUCUUGUCGGAUGGUACACAAUCGGACAGGAGCCGUCAGCCCACGAUAUGCACGUUCACAAGCAACUGGCUGACACUAUCGAAACAUGCGUGUUUUUGCUGUUUCAUCCCGAAAUACCCCCUAGCUCGCAAAGUCUUCCCAUCAAGGUUUACGAGAGCGCUUUCACAGAAGACGGAAGGACAGAGGGGGGGCUCGUGCCGCUAGACUAUGGCGUGGAGACCGGAGAAGCGGAGAGGAUUGCCGUAGACGGAGUCGCUCGAGGGACAACAGAUGAAAGUCUAGUUGUCGGCAACCUCAUCACUCAACGUAACGCUGUCAAAAUGCUCUAUGAUCGGAUACGUGUGCUCGUCCAGUACGUCUCCGCCACUGUAGACAAAACCAUUCCUGUGGACCAUACCAUCCUACGCCAGAUCUCCGCUGUCCUAUCUUCACUCCCUGUUAUGAGCACCCCGGAGUUCACGUCCGAGCUGAAAACCGAGCACGAGGAUGUUCAGCUAACCUCGUAUCUGACAGACGUGAUAAGACAGCUGGACGCGCUCAACGAGUAUGCAGAGAAACACCACCAGGUCACUAGAUCGACUGGAGAAGGACUAGAGGGGCAUGGACGGACAAGAGGGCCUAUGAAUGAUUGGGCCGGUCGGAGAUGGUGAAAAUUGUAAAUCAUGUAGCAUGGUUUAGUAAAUCUUUAGUAAUCGAUUAGUAACGUUUGUAUAUGCCGCUAUAC